UUGGUUUAGUUAUUAUUAUGUUCAAGUCACCUUAAGUUUGAAGAAAGGGAAGAGAAAUCGGAGGAGCUGCUGCCUUGCCCUUGGAACAUCUUCAGGAUGGAUGCUUGUCUCAUCGAUUCAUCUGACUUGAAUGACGCUGACGAGACUGAGCUAGAGAUAAUGGAGAAGCAUCAGAAAGACUUUAUGGACGAUAUUCAGAAAAUAAAUCAAGAGAUUGCUGAAAUAUUUCUGGAGAUUGAUCAUUUCCAGCAAGCACAAUCAUGCAAACUUAUUCAGAGGGAUAAGAACUUGAACAUUGGACGGAAAAAAUUUAAUAUGGAUCCUGUUAAGGGUAUUCAAUAUCUGGUUGAGCACAAGGUACUCUCCUUGAAUGCACAAGAAGUUGCUAAAUUUCUUUACCAGGGAGAAGGACUCAAUAAAAAAGCCAUAGGAGAUUACCUAGGACAAAGGGAUCCACUGAAUCUCCAGAUUCUCCAGGCUUUUGUAGAAUGUCACCAGUUUGGCAAUCUCAAUCUUGUUCAAGCACUACGGCAGUUUCUGUGGAGCUUCCGUUUGCCUGGAGAGGCCCAGAAGAUUGACCGUAUGAUGGAAGCUUUUGCCAAUUGGUAUUGUCAGUGUAACCCAGGCAUUUUUCAGUCAACAGAUGCCUGCUACAUCCUUUCAUUCUCAGUCAUCAUGUUGAAUACCAGUCUCCACAAUCCGAAUGUCAAAGAUAAGCCGCCAUUUGAGCGUUUCAUGUCCAUGAACAGAGGGAUCAAUAAUGGAGCAGAUCUUGAAGAAGUGCUUCUAAAGAAUUUAUUCGAGAGUAUCAAAAACGAACCCUUCUCCAUCCCAGAGGACGACGGAAAUGAUCUCACCCACACUUUCUUCAACCCAAGCCGGGAAGGCUGGCUCCUCAAGCUAGGAGGCAGAGUGAAGACCUGGAAACGCCGCUGGUUCAUUCUGACGGAUAAUUGCCUCUACUAUUUUGAAUACACCACGGACAAAGAGCCUCUAGGGAUUAUCCCACUGGAAAACCUAUCAGUUCGACCAGUAGAUGAUCUCAAGAAACCAAAUUGCUUUGAGCUCUUCAAUGCAACCUGCAAAGGGCAGAAGAUCAAAGCUUGCAAGACUGAUGGGGAUGGAAGGGUGGUUGAAGGCAAGCACCAAUCCUAUAAGAUCUCUGCAGCCUCCAAGGAGGACCGUGACCUAUGGAUUGAAGCCAUACGAACCAGCAUCACUAGAGAUCCCUUCUAUGACCUGGUUGCUGCUCGUAAGAAAAAAGUUACCAGCAAAAAAUGAACCUUCUGGCUUGUACCACCUUGUUCAGUGGAUGAUUAAUAUCAAGAAAAUAUUUCUUUGAAGUCUGUAAUGGCAAUAUUCCUCAACCAUCUCUGAGACAGACAAGCAAAUGAAAGGAUGAUCAGUGGCCUGCUUCCAUUCUCCAGAGUCAGAGUAUGCAGAAUCAGAAACCGGGACAGGAAUUCUUUCUGUACAGAAAACAAGCAUGGAUUUCUGAGUAAAUGGAGCAGGAUAUACUUGUGUGAGUGUGACUAGGUAUGGGUGGGGGAAACCAGGAAAUGGUUUCAACAGUAUUUUUAUACUUGUAAGACUAGAUUUUCCUACAUUGACACCUGCCUCCUCUGACUCACUGACUUGAGGUUUCUUGAAUAAUUAUGCUACCUGAGAUAAAUUUACUUGGAAUAAUAGGAUGAAGGACAAAGUGAACUAAUAAACUCAAGGGAUGCUAUGAAACCUGGCCAGAAUAAACACAUAUUACUGUGUGGUUGAGUUUGGCAAAUGGCUGGUUUGGACCUGGAAUUAUUGCCAAGUUGAUGGUAAUACUGAAUGUCAGUCUUUUUAGGACAGAACCUUCCAGCCAAAGUUAGGCUCUAAACAAUAAUCAAUGCAAUGAGUUUUUAGUUCUUAUAUUCUUUGAAUUGGCUGCUUCAUCAGUGCUGGAACAGUUAAAAAGUGUGUUUACAGAUGGAUAUUUGUUUACUUCUCUUCUCCUCUGAAAUAUUCAUUAGCCUAGAGGAUCAAAAGCUAGUUUUUUUUGUUUUUUGUUUGCUAUGGAAGACUUACAUUCAAACUCCAUCUUGACAAUAGUGAUCAUGAGAAAAUCCUUCUCCUCUGAAUUUUCCUUCUCCUCUGAAUUUUUCAUCUAUACAAUGAGUUCUGUAAAAUAAUAAAAUUUGUUUAAUGUGGUUAUGAAGAACUGCAUUGUUGUAAGAAUGAUGCCUGCAUGCAAAUGAGUAGUACAAUAUUUUGUUUAAGGAGAUGUAAAGAGUUGCUUGUUAUUAAAAUACACUCCCAUAUGCACACUUAAGCCAGAAUUCGGGUGUGUUGUUUUCCACACUGAUUCAAACAGAUGGAGAAUUAACUGUUUUUCUUUUCAAAUGAAAAAAAAUGAAAAACAUC